AAAAUAGUGUCUUUUAAUGAUUAUAAUAAUGAAGUAUUUAAAAUAUAAUUUUAAAUUACUUUAAAACUCAACUCGUAUUAAGGUAUACUGACAUGUUUUGAAUUCUUACUUAAAAAAUGCGAGAAACAACAAACUCCAUCAGUCAUUCUUGUGAAAACUAUUUGAAUUUUUUAAAUCAUUUAAAGGCGGAACGGUUUCUCUACCUCUACACUCUUACUACAAGUUUUGUAUCAAACACACUCAAAGCAUUACCAGAAGCAGGUCAUUCUAAAGAUUUGAAUGACAGUUAUUUGAAAUUUGUUUCAUGUCGUUUAUUUUCUUUUCUUGAUACCAUUAUAAUUCAAGCCAAAGAUUUUAUUCAUUUUUUGUCGCCCAAUGAAAAUAAUGCUGUUACCAAAAGCUGCGAUUUUUCCUCAACAAAUUGUGAAAAACUUUUAGCAACAAGAAAAGAGAGUUCAUACAAUCUUGUUUAUUUAGAUCAUUUUGAACAUUUGGUGGUGAGCCAACUGUUAAGUCAAAUCCAAUUUUUGUUUCUCGAUGAGCAAGAAAAAGAUGUAAAGCUUCAUUGUAAAUUGACGUGGAUGAAUGCCUGGAUUCAAACACAACAUUUAGAAAUUCGUGAUGAUUUCGCUCAUUUUCUUGAGAAAUCUGCACCGUGGAGUGGCGAUUCGUGUAAAACACUUCAAGAUUGGAUAUCGGCUCAAUUUUCGUUUUUAGAUUCUUUUGAUACAUGCACCGAAUUGAUGAUUGUUAUCUGUUUGGUUCAGUAUGCAGGUGAUAAAAUGAACGUUCUACUAAAAAUUAUAAGUUGCGUUGUGAAACUAUUAAAUAUUCAAGAAAAACAUGAAAGAAGUGAAAAUGAUGCCAGUUUUCAGCAGGGUGAGGAGGAAUUGUUAGGACAGUUUUAUGAAAGAGAUUUGAAGAAUCGGGGAAGAAAAACGAACAAAUGCGACUCAAUCAAUACAGUGUUUUUUAACUCCGCCUAUGAUGUGAACGCGGACAUACUGUUAGAAGCUUUAGUUUGGAUGAUUAUCAAAAUAGCACCACAUUCUCUCUUUUUGAAUCUCGGCAUUAUACAAUAUUGUAGACAUCCUCAACUCUUUUCUUCAGAACAAUUGUAUUAUUUAACAAUGCUAGCAUCUGCGGCAGAAUUUCUUUUAACACUAAAAGCGUCUAAAGAUUUAUACAUAUCGGAUUCGUUUAGUCGAUCCAAAUGUCUCUCCUAUUGUCCAGAAGAAUAUGUUAAUGAUUGGAUUGGGAAUUCAUGGGGCGCCAACAUAGACGAAUCGCUUCAACAAUGUUUAGACCCUUCUUCGACUUUUAAUGGAUCAACACAAUCAACUUUGUUGACAACAUGCAAACCUUUACCUUCCUCUUUCCAAGUUUCCGCCAACUAUUUUACUCAGCAUACGUAUAAUAUAUUUCAAAAAGGCUUAGCAGAUGCAUGCGGGGAAAAAGCCUAUCGAAAAUUAUAUUUCGAUCGUGUUUCUCGUAUCUCGUUUCCUUUAAUUAUUUUUUUGAAGAAAAACAACUCAACACUAGAAAAACUCCCUGCAUUGUUCCAGCCAUCUAUUAUUCAUCAAACGAUUUCCUUAUGUGUUCGAAUCCUUAUGAAAGAUAAUGCUUCAUUGUUUGAUUCUUUAUUUGAGACCAAUGAAAAAACAAAACAAUUUUUUUCUUACUACAAAUGUGAUACAUUUAAAAAAAAAAUAUUCACAAUUUAUUUAAUGACAGAGUCUUAUGAACGAUUAAUUUUCACACAAAUCUUUCAACAAUUAUUCCCUUAUAUUUUGUAUUUUACUGAAUAUACAAUCAAGCCAAAGUCCUUCUUACAGGUGUUAGCAUAUGAAUCAUUUGGUCCUUUUCACCUUUUAGAAAAAGCCGACACUUUAACGCGUCGCCUUUUUCAUAAUUCAUUUCUUCAAAGUUCAAAUCUUAAAGAUGUCAACGAAUUACCUGAUACAACGAGUUUCUCGAAAGCUGUGUCAUCCAUAAAAAAUUAUUUUGCAACUCUUAUAAUUUUUGAUUUAAUACACCCAACACAAGACCAACACAAACGGCUGCUUAUUGUUUUUCGUCGCCUUACCCACCUUUCUGAUUAUACUAAUCCUUUUGAAAAAAUAAAAACAUUUGUUGCUUUACUUCGACUCUCUGAAUCCUUAAAGAGAACAUGUCUUCCUUCAGCAUCUGUUUAUGGAGCUGCAGCCAUUGCUUCUAUAUUUAUAAUUUACGCCAAUCCUAAAUUUUUAACCACCCACCUGAUUUACUCUACCUUGUAUCGUCAUCCUCUUUUGUUAUGCUCUGAAAUAAAUGACGCUCUUGAUUUUAUGUGGUUUGUGUGUGUGUGUGUGUGUGUGUGUGUGUGUGUGUCUAUUCCACGUCAGAUAAGCGUUAUUGAGACCUUUUCCGCAAAAGUACAUACGAUGAGUAUUGAAGCGUCUUCGGUACUUCUCCAUUUACUGCAUGUUGAAGAGACACUUUCUGAGAAAUCCAACACUAUUUUAUAAGA